AUGGCGGAACCUCCAGCCAAACGCGCUCGGCGUGUCGACAGUAGCGCAAUGUGGGAUAUGAAUGAUUCAAAUGCUCGCUCUGCGGAGCCAGAGUCGGAUCUCGACCGCAGACGCCCACCACCUCCCAGAGACGACCGACGCGACGCCCCCCGUGACGAUCGUCGAUACCGCUCGCGCUCCCGCGAUCGGAAAGAUAUAAAGCAAGAAAGGAGCUGGUCUCGAGAUCCUCGUGACAAUGACCGAGACCGGAGGGACCGAGACGGUCGUGGGGGCAGGGACAGCAGAGGACGUGGUCAUGACAGGCGAGGGUACCCACCUAAAGGCGAGAAACUUCGCGACCGCUCACGUUCGCGAUCUCCCGCGCGUAACGGCACCAAGAUUUCCCGAUCACGAUCACCACCCUCGCGAGGAUACAAAGGAGAUCGCCGCUCUGAGCGCAGAGAUCCUCGAGCCCGAGACGACGGGCGAGGCGCCAAUGGCGCGUCGGGUCCUGGUCACUACAAGCAAGAGAUGGAUGUGGACUUCAAGGAAGAUGCGGACGAAGACGAGAUGGACGAGAUGAUGCGGAGAAGCAUGGGAUUCAGCAGAUUCCGAACCACCAAGAACUCCAAGGUGCCUGGAAACGAUAUCUACGGUGUACGGAAGGAGAAGAAGAGCGAGUACCGCCAGUACAUGAACCGCACGGGUGGUUUCAACAGACCACUCAGUCCGUCGCGGUCCUAA